ACGAAAAUAUCAUAAUUGAAGAGAAAAAAAAUAAUGGAGGGAAUAACUUUCGAAAGUCUUCCUCAAGAAAUCAGAAAUGAGAUUCUGAUACGGUUGUCUCCCAACACCCUGGUGAAAUGCAUCAGUGUCUCGAAGAAAUUGGCAGCUACGAUCCGUACGAAAAGCUUCAAAGAACUCUACUUGACGCGAUCCAUGGGAAGGCCCCGAGAGUUGUUCGCCACCAUCGACGACAAGGACGCGACAACACCAAGCGAAUAUCAAGUGUUGUUUCGUUCUCUUCAUCAAGACCAGAUAUCUGGUGAACAACGUCACAUGAUCAGCAUCUCACUACAAGGAGAAUUUAUGUUUUCUCCACCGGUCCGAGGUUUGGUAUGUCUUCAAGAAAAGAAUAAAAAUAGGGUUGUGAUUUGCAAUCCGGGCACGAUGAAGUUCCUGGAUUUACCAAUGGUCGAAGCGGAUGAAACAACAAAGAUAACAACUCAGUUCGGAUACGAUGAAGGAGAGGAUGAAUUUAAGGUGUUAUGUACAAAGACAAAGCCCAAAACUCCUUGGGAGAAUGAAUAUCUGGUUUUGACGGUGGGAGUGGGACCGGGUGAUCAAGAACCUUGGAGAAGACUCGUAUGCAAUGUUCCUCAUACUCCCGUUCAUCAUGGAGUAUGUGACAGAGGAGUUUUGUAUUAUCGUGCUACUAAAUCUGAUAAGUCGAAUAUCAUAAUGAGCUUCGACGUCAGGAAUGAAACCUUUCGUCUCAUUCCAUCACCUCAAGAUGUCGAUCUGAAUAAAGGUUUCUGGAGAUUUGUCAAUUACGACGGGAAACCUGCACUGGUGGUGGAUGAAACAAAUGAGUUCGUUUACGAACCCAGCGGCGGCGAUGCUUAUCUUGAAAUGUGGGAAUUGCAUGGCUAUUCAAGAUGGUCCAAAAACAGCAUACUGAUUCGUAACUGGAGAGGCUACGCUGAGGAUGAAAUAAAGCAUGUAUAUCGUUUCCGGGGUACCACAAGAACAAAGCAACUUGUUUUCGCAACAAUAAUGGUUAACGAAGAGGGAUCACUCGUUGUGAUCUACUACGAUAUACCUACAGAAACAUUCACAAGAUCUAUGGUUCAACUUUUGGGCGGAGGUGAUGAUGAGUUCCGAUUUGUGGAUACCUUCGUGCAUCAUGUCGAUAGUCCUAUGCUUAUAUGAAGAAUUGAAGAUCAAGAGUUGGUCAGUACUCAUCAUUAUCAGAAACUGGUUGCUUAAAUAUAUUUAAGAAUUCUCUAAGUAUUACUAUUAUAGUACUAAGUUUAUUUUUAUUAUUGGGUUCAGUGUUCGUUUUCAUUUCUAUUAUCGUUGAUAUGCUACUAUAUGAUAAUUUUUCUUUUUAAUUCCCAACUGGUAUUGUUGGGAUUAAUGUUCGUUUUCAACUCUA